UUGGAAGAGUCUAUCCGUGGACUGACGCUUUUUUAACGGGAUAUUGUGUAUUUGGAGGAACAGAAUAGUCUUUUCGAAGCACAUGGAGCACUACAGCUCGCUUGGGUUGAUUUGGUUGGUUUUAUGUACAUGGAUUUCUUGUGCUGCGGCAUUUUAUCUACCCGGUCUGGCGCCGAUUUCGUAUUGCGUGACGGAAAAAUCAACAAAUCCUGCUUGUUUGGUAAGGUUCGGGGGAGUUAACUUUCUAUAUUUAUUAAUUCUGCUGUCUUAUGUAACGCUCAGAAUACUUUGGAGAAUCUGAUAUAGAUUAAAUCAACGAAUUUUGAGCCAAGGUAGUUAGAUCAAGAUUGUGGUCAAUGAUGAUCAAUAUCGCUUCGACUUCUUUCAACAACGCUACUGAAAUGUUGAGGCUAUGCGCAUAUUCCUAGAUAGUGAAACAAACUAAAUGAUUAGGUAAUGGUUGUUUAAUUUAUUGCAAUCACACUUGGUUUUAGUUAUAUAUCGGACCCAAGCUUAAUAUUAUUUUGUCUUGUAUAUUUGUAAUAUCUUUAUUCACCUGUACAUCAACAAUUUGAUUCGUUGUAACUUCUAGCUAUGGAAUUUUACCAUCAACAAGUUCAGAAGUAUUGUUAGGUUGUUCCCUUUUAAAUGCUUCGCAGUAGCACGCGUGUGAAAACUUGUGGUCAUUACCGAUUACAUUAUAAUCUAGCCAUAUCAAGUUAAGGAAAGAAAUGUCUAUUUUUAGACAUUUUUACAUCAACUUCGCCACGAGCAAGAUUAUUUUUUGUUUUUAUUCGAUCCCAUUCAGUUUUUAUAUGUAAUCACAUUAUUUCGAGUGCAAUUUGGAAUAAAUAAGCACAAGUAAAUUUUUUUAAAGACCAACAAAAUUGCACGAGCUCGUAGGGCAAGUUCAAUUCGUGGUCUUUUAAUUAACAAGUGCUUGUUUAUUCCAAAUUGCACGAGAAAAUUCAUGUGAUUACGCGUUAAUAAUAUGCAUGGAAAAAUAUGAGAUCGCUUAUCAAAAUCAUGCAUAAGCAAAGCGUGCACAUCAAGUGCAAAAAUAAUUUAUUCAAACUGUGCAUUCAGUCAAAACAACCACGUACGAUUAAAACAAUAAUUUGCAAUGAUAUCUUCACAUCUUUAAGGUGCAACAUGUUCAAAGUCCAGCUAAACAGUUCAAGGAAUUGUUCAGUCUGUGUCCGAAUCACUUUCGAUGAAAUGGAAUCAUUGUUUUUGGAGGGUUAACCAUGUUUGUUUCUAAUUUUGGCGUUGGAUCACUUGAGCAAAGUGUUAAGCUGGGUUGACUCGUAAUUUUGAUUUCCUUGGCAAUUCCCUUCUCUAAACACCACUUUUUCCAAACCAACAACCAAAAAGCAGUGCUUUUUCAGUGUUUUCAUUGUUUGAGCUGUUUUUCAGCUGCAGUGGCAAAAGAAAACCUACUUAAAACACCGGCCAUUGUUUCGCUUGCAAAUUUUCAAAUUUUCAAAUUUUGUUGCGACAUCUAAGGCUCACAUUUGAUUGGCUGUCUGUGAGUUCCUUUGAUUAUUGACCAAUCAGAAUGUCUGAUUUGUUACUUUCUUUGCACUGAAUUAACCCUCUUCUGCACUGAAUUAACUCUCUUCCGCACUGAAUUACCUGAAAACUGCAUUUAUCCUAACCAAUCAGAACUGAGUAAUUUUUCCAUGUAUAUUAUUAAAGUGCAAAGCGUGAACAUCUGUUUCAUCAAUUUUACAUUUCAUGCAAGAAUAAAAUCGUAUUUCCCUGACUACCAGCAAGAUAUGCUAAGACUGAGAUGUUUCAACAAAUUUAGAUUAAAGCUGUUAAUUGAAAAGUUACAUGAAAGUUUUCUCUAAGGGUAAACAAACAAAUCUAAUGGUUUUUUUUUCUUGUAUUUCAAUUUUACAUAAAGUCUCUUCAAAUCUUUAAUCUAGUGAUUCCUGCAAUUUAUGAAUACUGGUAGAUUAGUAUUACCAUUAUAAUAUGAAUGGAAAGAUAUAUUUGACUUAUACCCUGGGUGUGAAUUUUUCUAGAAUCAUGGGAUUUCUCAUCUUGGUGUCUAACAUAUGUGUUACCAUUGUUGGAAACAAAGAGGAAUGAAAAUCAAUCUCGACCUUAAUGCUCAGUUUUGGUAAAUUUGCUCUAAAUACCUGUGUUUUUUUUUUUUUUUUUUUUCUAGUCCAAAAUUGAUUUGUUUGUGAAUAGUCUGAAUUCUGUUGAAUCAGUGAUUCCCUACGAGUAUGCAAGGUUUGUAACUUUUACUAUCAAUAUUAUUAUUUUUUUAAUACACUCAGUAAAUGGUUUGAACCUGGGGGUUAUAAUUGACUGUGUAGUCGUAUUAUCCAGUUAAGAGUAGUCCUGAAUAGAACUGUUGUCAAUUAGGAUGAGUGAUAUUUUGACAACCUGUGAACAAGUCAUGAUCAGAGUCAGUAGUAGUUGUUAUUUGUAGGACUACCCUUACUGAGACAAACAGACAACACAGUCAAAACUUUUCAAUUCUGUUUUCUCCUUUAAUGCUGUUGAUCUUGAAUCCUUUCCCUUCCAGAUCUCAUCAGCAAUUCUCCCUACUAUCUGUUAUACACUUCUUAUGAUUUUAGUCUGGAGAAUUUGGUAUUGGAACAAUGUAUAAUUCCUUAGUUGAUUCUAAUUCUUCCCAGCACUUGUUAUCAUCACAAUUAUUCUCAUCACUUGUCUGCUUGAUAUUGUAUUGAUAUUGUAAGGAGAAAUUCUAUCUUGGUCACUUAUGGGAGUUUAAGAGUUGAGAAAAAUGGUAGUGAACCUGACAAGAGGAAAACAAAGUGGAUAUUUGAAAAUUGUUUUGACUUGCAACAACAAAGUAAGGUUAGAUAUUUGUUAUUAGCAAGUACAAGUCCAUGUUAAUGGGCAAAAGUCUGCAUUAUUUCUAUCAACUCACAUGUUCAACUUAUUUGUACAGGUUUGAUUUCUGUGUACCACCCACAGACAAGACAUCACCAACAGAAAACCUUGGACAGGUUUGUAAAUAGGCAUACACAUUGAAUAUGUUUUACGUAGAUGGUGUUCUUAGCUCUCUAAUUUGCCCAUAUUUAUUUGCCAUAUGGUGAUUUAAAAGGUCAUAUGAACUGAAAUAAAGAUUGUCAGAAGGAAAAGGCACAUGUGUAAUGUAUAAUACUACUGACAUAGUAUAUUGGUCAAUGACAAGAUAUCCUGCUAUAGGCAAAAUGCUCAACAAAACGUUUUGGCAUUGUUUUUCUUUCUCCCACACUAAUAUUCAAAAGUAGAAAGAUAAUUAAUUUUUUAACUUGAAAAUGAAAUGAAGUGAAAUUUUGAGUCCCCAUGAGGAAUUGAACCCCAAAUAGACUCUACAUGUGCUCUUCCCUGAGUCCAAUGCUCCUAACAAGACAAAAGUACUUCUUGAAAUGUUUUAAGUUCAAGACAUAGUAUUCAGUUGAGUGAGGAGCAACAGAAAUUUGGUGACCACAGUUGAUUUUAAAAUUGCAUUGUAAUGGCAACUGUUUCCAUUUCCAGUGACAACGCUUUGUUUGACCUCCUUUGGUGGGCUUUUGUGUAUGACAAUUGGUGAUAUAUGGCUCUUUAAGAGGCGGUCACCAUUGGAAACAAGGAAGGUUGCCCUUGACAACUUAAUUUUACAGUCAAUUCCCUGUCACCAAGCUUUUUCCAUACCUCACUCAACUGGUAAUUUUUGUACUGUAUAUCUCAUUUUACACAGCUUCAUGCUUCAUUCUUGAACUUACAGCAGUGUUUCCUUUUUUUUUUACAGGUUGUUGUUGGAGAGAGGAUAAGACCCUCUCUUUACAAUGUAAGCGACAGCUUUUAUUUACGGUCUUGUUUAGAUGACUUCAUGUUUAUCUGGGCAAUACACCAGUUAAUAUCUGGGUAUAUUUGCUAGCUUUCUUCUGGUGUGUUGUAGUCAACUUUUCUGUGUUGUAAUUGGUGUAUUUUACAUUCAAUUUUCAUUUCCAUAGUUUAGCAAUCUUUGUUUAUUUUUUUUUUUAUUUGUUCCUCUGUUUGACAGAUUACAUUCAAGAAGGAUGUAACAUGUAAACAACUUUGUGCCAAAGAAUACAAAUCUGGCAAUGCAGAGGAUGGGAAGAAGCUGGAAUUUUUAAGAAGUGGAAUUGCUCUUAACUAUCAAAAUCAUUGGUUAGUGUGGCUGUAGUCUCAACUUCCUAUUUAUUGAAUGACAGUGUCUUGUAAGAUUUUCAGUAUUAGAUAAAUGAAUUUUUAAUUGUUUGUCUCACAAUGUAAGAGUCAGGCCAGUCAAUGAUAUUGAUCAUGAUGUUGUUUACGUUGUUGUGCUAUAAAGGCCAGCAAAUCAGGUACUUAUAUUCUAUAGAGAUGUUCUUUGUGUCAUCUUAAACUUACUGUUUUCUCUGCUAUACAUCUUUCUAAUCUUUGUAGGAUUAUUGACAACAUGCCUGUGACUUGGUGUUAUGAGUUCACAGGUGAAUACAGAAAGUACUGUUCCACAGGAUUUCCUAUCGGCUGUCAUGUGACAGAGGAUGGACAAGCACGUGAUGCCUGUGUGACAAGUGUAAGUAUUCACAGAUUUCUCAAUUAGUAAACUACUGGGACUGGUUGUUUAAAGGUGGGUAAUGCUAUCCACUAGAGAAAUCUCUCUCUGGUGGGUAGCACAGUACAUUUUGUUAAGACUUACAGUCACUGGAUAGAGAUUUACAUGUUGGAUAGCAAUUUAUAGCGACUGCAUUGAAUAGCAUUAUCCCUCCAUUGAAUAACCAAGGCCCAACCAAGGCCAGAAGUUUUCAAUUGAGGGAUGAAAACUGAAAUUGAAGUCAUCAUUACAGCCAAACUAAACAAAGGGGAAAAUGAUCGAAAAUGUAAGUUCAUGAAAAGUCACAUUAAGACACAGGCAAACUUGUUGGGGUGAAGGGGACAAUGACUAAGUCAUGAUUGGUUUUAGUUUUGCAUCUGAUUGGUUGAAAGGAUGGCACAGAGUCUUUUUGACCAAUCAGUGAGCAAACUGAAGGGAACCAGAACUAAAGAAUUUCAGGUUUAUCCUUGACAAAUCCUCCAAAGUUUGCUCUACUUCCCACGUGUGGCAUUGCAGCUCAGUUGGCAUUCGAGCCCAUUUAGUCUUUACCAGGCUUAAGUUGAAAGCCUGGAUGUUUUUUGUUUUAUCUGUAAUUUUGUUAUUGGUAAUUUAAUUGUGAGAAUUAUUUUGUUGCUUGUUUUAUGUUUUUUGUUUCAGACUAAGUUCAAUGAACGUGGGAUGCACUACAUCUUUAAUCAUGUUGAUAUCAAGAUCAAGUACUAUGAUGGGUCGGGGGAAGACUGGGAAGGAGCUCGUCUGACAUCUGCAGAGGUCAAACCAAAAAGGUAUGAACUGCACAAACAGCACUGUCAGGGAGAGUCACAGUGGUCUUUUGGUCCAUGUGCUGAGCUGGACUCUUGAGUUAAGAGGUCUGGGUCUGGGUCUGGGUCUGGGUCUGGGUCUGGGUCUGGGAUCUGUGAUCUGCCCUGUUCAUUGUGUACUGUUGGUGUGUGAGACACUGAACUCCCUUAGUGCUACCCCCACUAUGUUCUGGGAAACCUGUCAAAAUGCUGGACAAGAAUAACCUGCAAUUGAUUGGCACUAGAUGCCACAGAAAUUGGGAUAAGCUCUUACUGGAGGAGUAACUUGAUGAGAAUGCAUACUUUAUUUGUUCUUUUUUUUUUUUUUUUUUUUUUUUUUGCGCCAUAGUGCCUGAAUGUUUUAUAUAUGUCAUCAACUUGAAGCAAUCUUGUAGUAAUAAAAGUUGUAAAUUUUAAGCUUGUAAGUGUAGUAUUGAUGGAUUUGUUUUUGUCUUGACAUGAGUUUGGGACAAAGAAAAGUCCUGAGUUCCUUUAGGAAACCCAAUGUCAUACACCUGUAUACUGUACUUGCCGGUUUUACUCUUUGAGGUUUGAUUCCUCUCAAGGAGUCAGAUGCAUGACAAGACAAAAAAUCAUCUAUCCUUACACAGCAAUCUUGUUCAUUCUACAGUAUCAAGCACGAGAAAGGCAAGGAUCUGAAAUGUGAUGAUGAUUUACCAGCUAUGGGUUUUCCAGCUGAGAUGAAAAGUGAUGUUUACAUUGCUUACACAUACUCUGUUCAAUUCCUGGUGAGUUUGAGCUUAUAAUAUCUUAAACAUAGUCUUUCCCAAAAUCUCAGUAGUGAUUCUCCCUGCUCUCUACCAUACAUUUCUUAUAGUUUUGGCUCUGAGAAUUUGGAGGUGAAUCAUAUGAUAAUUAUCCUUUAGUAAACAUUUUUGUUUGUUCUCAUCAUGUUAUGCUGGAUAAUGAUUGCAUUGAAAUAAGAAGAUGAAAUCACUCCUUGGUAGUGACCAAGACAAAUUUCUCCCUACAAUAUUAAAUCAAUACAGUAUGAUGCAGACGAGUGGUGAGAGUAAACUUUAAGAGAAAUAUCAGUCACAGGAUUAUUAUUCCAUCUAAUGCCAAAUAUUUAGAUCUAACAUAUAAUAAUUACAUGGAAGACAUUAGGGAGAAUUACUAAUGAGAUCUUGGUGUUGAAAUCUUAGUAUAACUAAAAUCUUGGGAAACUGAACUUUUAGAAUUCCUUUAUGUCAAUUCUGGAAAGUCAAAGAUUAAGAAUGGGGGCCAGAGAUAGCAAUUGAGUCAAUAGAACAUUAUUGCAGAAAGAAUGCACAGGAAAGCAUGAAAUGUCGUUCUCUAAGUAAAACCAACUUUUCAAACAAUUUUACAGGUAUUAAACUAUUAUGCGAACCAUGAAAAAUGCUAAAAACGUCCAAGUAUACCUUUUGGAAAGUCAUGCUUCUAAUUUUUUGUAAGGUCCUGAAAGGAUACAAAUGAACCUUUCCAAUGGUGACAGGAAAAAUGCAUUGAAGCAUACUUCUGUAACAAAUAUAUUUACUACACAAGAGUUCAAAACUUUUUUUUGUUGAUCAGAAGCCUUUUCUAAACUGGGUUCAUGUCCACGUGAGAUAUGCAAAGUCCUUUCUUCACCCUCCCCUCUCUGAGGUUAUUGUGGUACUUCUCUUUCUACAUCACCUUUAUGAAAUCAAGCAUUUCACUCUCCUGAAGGAGGGCUCAGGGUCAUUGUACUUGCAAUGGUAUUUUUUUUGUACUGAAGUGGAAAUUUUAUUUUAUUUUGCAGCCAGAGACUUAUCCCAAUCAGAAAUGGGCAUCCCGUUGGGACUACAUUCUUGAUUCAAUGCCACACACCAAAAUCCAGUGGUUUAGGUAAGAUAUACUCCACAUGUACUAACAUACUGGGGUACUGUGGCAAGUAGAUGAGCAGAGUUGUUUAUCUGCAAUGGUGCACAAAAGUGAAUAAUAGUCAGUUACACUGUAGAUGCAGUUGUUAGCUAUGAGUUGAUAAAAGCAGGGUUUCAAUAUCUUUUUCUAUAAUCUGUUGCCGAUGGUGUGAUGUGUGGCUGUAUUAUAAAGUAAAAUGCAAAUGUCAAAAUAAAAAUCAACAAUAUCCCCUUGUAGAUAAGCUUCUUUCCUUCCAUCAUCUCUACUUCAUAAUGUAUCGACAGUACAAGAUGAUUCAUCUUCAUAGUUUCUCUUCAGAGUGAAAGGCCUAAUCUGCAUGUAUGUACAGUUGUCAGCAGAUUAUGUCAUAGAGAGUCUUUGAUUCAACUCAGAGGCUUGUGUAAGUUCCACUGGUAGGAAUGCAAAGAUGUAAUGUUUAUUCUACAACCCUCUUGAUGGUAUUGAUCCAUUCUAAUAUGUGAUCUUAUAGGUGUUGUGAUGUUUUGUCCUCAGCAUCAUGAAUUCAUCUGUCAUUGUGCUCUUUUUGUCGGGAAUGGUGGCCUUGAUUAUGCGGCGAACUCUGCGCAAGGACAUUGCUCCCUACAAUCAGAUGGAGUCAGUGGUAUGCUGUCAGAAAACGUUUCGCUGGAAGUUGGUUCAUGGAGAUGUCUUCCGCCCUCCAAAGAAUGGAAUGUUAUUGUCUGUCAUGUUGGGUUGUGGAACUCAGACAUUUAUUACAGUGUUUUUCACAUUAGGUGAGUGUGAAAGGAUAAUGUGAGAUUGACUAUGUAUUUUUGUAUGGCCUCAAAAGAAUUGUAUGCAUUCCAUUUGCAUAACUGGGGCUAAAUCUGGUUUAUCUUGCAUGAGGAGACUGGGAGUACAUCCCUGUAUUUUUUCUCCCUCUGGACGAGAUUCCAGUUCAUAGCAGGUUACCCUGGCAGGUUGCCAGUACCCACCCUGAGUUAACAUUCUAAUCUUGACCUUUCACCAACGACUUUUCCCUGCCCUUUUUUGAGUUUGUUUCAUUGUGUUUUUUCUCAUGUCAGGAAUCAGUUUAAUUUGUUUUCCUCAACUACAUGUAUGUAUUAACUCUAUAUUUAAUUUUAACUAAGGUGUUGUCUCAUUGAUUAAAUCUUCUUUUGCUCCUCUUCAGUGUUUGCUUGUUUUGGAUUCCUUUCACCUGCGAACCGUGGAGCUUUGGUGACUUGUUCAUUGGUGAGUUGCUGCCUGACAUUCUUGGGAAAAAAAGCAGAAAUCUUCUAUCUUAUGGCCCUAGUAUAAUAGAAAAACGUCUUUUAAAAAUCUUUUCCUAAUCAGCAACCAUUUCCUUAUUGUUGUGUUAGAUCUUUGUAAGGUAAUUGCCUAAAUAAUAAUCACUUUUCUAAAUGCAAUGAUCAGUGAAAUUUUUGGCCUAUUCCUCCACCAGGGGUUAUUGAGCACAGGUCAUGUAGUUCUCCAUGUACAUGUAACCUUCAGUUUGGUAAAUUUAGAAGAGUUGUUUGGAAAAAGUGUGGAAAACGUUGUGAGUUUUGUUCACCAAAAUGUUUAAGAACCCAGCCAAAGAAGUAAAAUGAAAAUUUUUUUUUUGCAGGUGCUGUUUGUUUGUCUUGGUUCACCUGCUGGUUAUGUUUCUGCCAGAAUUUACAAAAGUGAGUGCCAUCGAUAACAAGCAUUUGGCAGUAUUUUCAAGGGAGAACGUUACAUUACAUGGAAAACAUUUUCGUUUUUAUGUGUUUUUCUCAGCAAAGUAGAUUCUGUUCUUUUGUGAAAGGUGUUUGCUUUUUCUCAAUUUUUGUUUAGCUAUAAUUAUAUAAAGAAAUUUCUUUGGUCAGUAUACAGUGCAACUGUUAUGUAGCCUUUCUAUGCGUACCCAAUCAUCCAUCAGUGUCCCUGGUCUUCUGGGUGGCAUUUUCCAUUGAGCAUAAUUCUGAUGGUGCUUUGUACCCAUUUUUUUUCCUGUUUAGUGGUUGGCGGAGACUUGUGGAAGACCAAUACCUUGUUAUCGGCCUUCCUUUUUCCUGGGUGAGUAUUCAGUGAUGCAAACAUGUACACUGUAGUAUACAACUGGAAAUAAUGAAGUUAGGUGAAGCAGCUGAAUACCUCUUGUAAGGGGUAUUCAUGCAAAGAUCUUUUAAGGAGGAUUUAAAAUCCUUAGCUUACAAUGUAUACCGCCAAAAAUACUCAGUUUUUCUUAGCUACUUAAAGUAAGUCUAAUGCCAUAUUGUGUGAAAUUUUGUGUCACAGUAGAUAUGCAUCUAAAAAGAAUGGAUUAUUAUCAUUGUCAUCAUUAUUAUCGUCAUCAUCAUCAUUAUAAUUUCUAUGAUCUUUGUCAUCAUCUGUAUCAUUAUCUUUGUGGUCUUCAUGACUGUUAGUGUAAUUGUCAUUUUCAAUAUUGUUGCUAUAACCAUCACCCUUGUCAAAUGUAAUAACUUUUUUCUUUAAUUCCAGAUUGAUAUUUGGAAUUUUCUUCCUUUUGAAUUGUGUUCUGUGGUCAGAGGGUUCAUCAGCAGCUGUUCCGUUUACCACUUUAUUCACGCUGUUGGCCAUGUUGUAAGUCUAAACCUGAAUCAUUAGCAGCCCGUGACUCAGCUCAUUUUAUGAAACAUGCGUGGAAUGUUAAUUUUCCUUUUUCCUUUCUUGCUUGAUAGGUUUGGCAUUUCAGCUCCACUUACAUUCCUGGGGGCUUACCUCGGAUUCAAGAAAAAGGUAAUUUCAGUACAUGUAUAAACUGCUGAUAACUAAGGUAGUAGUCAAUAUAAACGUAAAGUCAGCCUCUUAGCCAGAAAACCCAUCUGGCCAACACAAAUCCUCGUUUCCAUAGCAUAAACCCUAGACACCCUAACAUUGGUAUCCAUAUUCUCCCAAGUGUUCUCUAUGCAUUUCCUUAGGUGUUGACUAGGAGAAUUUGUUCAACAAUCAAAAGCUUCUUUAACUGGUGAUCAUUUGCUUUAUUCUCGUGACCUUCCUGUUAUGUUCAAGGCUGAUAUUGUAAGGAGAAAUGAGAUGCUUGUCACUCUUCGGAGUUAAAUGGUAAAGCAAUUAGGAGUAUUGUUUCAGGUUCCUUCAUUAGAGUAUUAGUACCCAUUUAUGCACUUGAGUGGAAAGAAACACUCUGAGAGUAAAGUUUCUUGCCCAUAAAGGUAUUUAAAAGACCCUGCCUUGGCUCGAUCCCAGACCUGAUGACAUCAAGAACUGUUCUAACUUUGCUACUUUUAAGAGGCAAUUUAUGGAAAAUAAGAAUAUUCUAAAAUCUAUUAGUUUUGCUAAAGUUUCCUGCAGUAUUUCCAAUAAAUCCUUAGAUUGAAAUAUUUUUUAAUAUUGAAAGGUCAGUCCUUUGGACCUUUCACACCUUUCCACCUAUACUUGAGUUUACCAUUAUGUCACUGGUGUUGUCCGUAAGCGUCAAAGUUUCACAUUGUAAUGUAGAACGGGGCUGAUUAGGUGUUCAAUUUUUGCCUCUAGUCAAUUGAACAACCUGUUCGAACCAAUUAGAUCCCUUGUCUGAUUCUAGACCAGGUCAGUACAAUUAUGGACUCUGAAUAAUGUUAUUUUUUACCUCCAGCCAAUUAUGCAACCAGUUCGAACCAAUCAAACCCCUCGUCAGAUUCCAUACCAGGUAAAUACAAUUAUGGACUCUGAAGAAUACAGUGUAUAUCAAGUUAGAGGUUUACAAUCCAGGUGGUUCCAUACCCCAGUUCUAAUUCACACGCUACCUUUGCCUUAACCAUUUUACAUUAGGCAAUGAUUCAUUUAGAACUUGAAUUAAGGUAACGAGUGAAUGUCCAUUUUAGCGAAGCUUUCAACUGAGUGUCGAAAGUAAUUCGGGAUUUUGCUGUACCUCGCCCUGAGACUGGUUCAAAAAACUCGCGCCACUCUAUCAACCAAUCAAAUCCAGAACUAAAAGGAAUCACGACUUGGUAACCCGCGCUUUCCCGCGCUUUAGGCUUGAGUUUUUAUUGGCUCUUCUUGCUUCUGUUUGGUAACCCGCGUUUUCCCGCGCUUUAGACUUGAGUUUUUAUUGGCUCUUAUUACUUUAUUCCUUCUGAUUGGCCGUUGCGAUUACGGUGGUUUUGCCGUUACGUCACUCAAUCGGAAAGCUCUUUAGUGCUCUACGUGGAAUAGAUUUGUAUCAAAAUCAUCAAGAUGUUGUCUCAAAAUAAAUAUUGUUAUCUUGCAGAGAAUUUACACUAGAGCAGCUCCAGGAAUCAUAAUGGGAGGUGUUCUUCCGUUUGGGUGUAUUUAUAUCCAGUUGUUUUUUAUCUUAAACAGUAUUUGGUAAGUCUCUUUAAUGUAUGAAUGAUGGAGAUUUUACUUAAAUCCAUUUUAAAUCGUUCGAUUUUUCCCCUUUUUUUUUUUGUUUGCGUGUAACUUGUUACUGGGCUUUAACGUUUUUUUAACUCGUAAACCAGACUACCUUGCUGACAAGCAAUUAAUAUAUUUAUAGGGGUAUCAGGCGAUUUUGUAUGAUGCAAAUCGGACUUGAAUCCAAAUCUUUUUCUCUAAAUUCUUCCAUACGUAUAUUUUGUCUUGCAAAAAGUUAUUUUCUUCCCUAUUGUAAGGAAAGGUCUUAAUCAUUUCAUGUGAACACGUAAUAAUAAAGACAGCCUCCUUAAAUUCCACUUUUAUUGUAUAAACUUCUUGAAAAACUUCACUGAUCUAUUUUAUUGGGAUUUUCGGGUUACCCAAUAAAACAUUAGUUAGAUGCUUCAUUUUAUGUUUGAACUGUAUGAGUGAUUUUUGCUUUUUUCUGCAUCAACCAGGUCGCAUCAGAUUUACUACAUGUUUGGUUUCUUGUUUGUGGUUUGUUUAAUUCUACUGUUGACCGUGUCAGAGACCACCAUACUGUUGUGUUAUUUCCAUCUUCGUGCUGAGGUGAGGAAAUUCAUGAGGUUAAAUUCCAACCAAAACUAGUCUUUCUAUGGCUGUUUUCUUCAUAGUUAAGGGAGGGAGCGCGAAGCGAUCGCGCGUGAACGAGCGCGAAAUUAUCCCACCCUUAAGGGUUCACGUAGGUAACUCCCUAGCGGCUUCUCUCGCGCCCAAGCGUUGGACGAUGAUCGAAGGGAAAUAGAGGUCUGUGAACAGACCACACCACAAUUUGACUUUAUCGUACGCUACAUUAUACACCUUAACAAUUUGCUCUCGUACAUUCUAGAUACCCUUUUAUUUCUUUUUGUUAUAUUUUGACUUUAAACACGCUUUUUCGUUCGUGGCAAUUUUGAAGCUGAGAAAAUUCCUGCUACGGUUGAAGGCGAAGCUGUGGCUUUCACUUCUAGAUAUAGCUUCUCUAUGUAUUAGGGUUACAUUCGUGUUAUGUAUCCUUUGGAGUUAGAAGCGGUUCCCAUGUACAGUAAAAGAACCGGUUUUCCUUGGUGCAAGUGGAACGAAAGUCCACGAAACUUCACCUCUCGCCAGUAUGCGUUUGUAAAUUGCUCUGUCUCGCGGGUGCCAAUCCCAAACAUUUACAUCUCGCCGGUACGCGCAUGCGGUGUGCUUCGUAUCUUAUGUUCAAAACGAAACUUCAUCCAUCGUCUGUAAUGCUCGGAACUCAAAACUUGUCGAUGCAGUUCUUAAAUACGAUCUCGUUACGCGAAAAUCAGAUUCUGUAAAGGGACUCACGGCCGUAACUAGAUCCUUUCCCAAUAUUUGUGUAUUUUUAGUGUAAAGGUAUUGAAGCGUGUCCCGAACAACAAUGUUUCGCUUAUUUUCAACGCUUUACUCAAUUGCAGGAUUAUCAUUGGUGGUGGCGUUCCUUCCUGACUGGCGGAUGUACUGCAGUGUAUUUCUUUCUGUACUCGAUUCAUUUCUUUGUCACCAAACUGAACAUCACAGGAACAGCCUCUACCUUCCUGUACUUCGGCUACACACUGAUCAUGGUGUUGAUCUUCUUCCUUUUCACUGGUAAGUACGUUAUGGAUCCUUGCCAUUGUGAUUGGUAUUUUGUGCCGCUGAGAUUGGUAACUUGUUCCAGGCUCCCGCGUGGCCGAAACUGAAGAAACUAGAGUUGCUCUCCACUGCGCCUCGUGCAACUCUUGCGCUUUCCACGUGCAUCCAUAGAUUCCAAACAAAUGGAUCAACAACCCUUACGCUUUUUUCGAGAUCUCCAAACUUCCCGCAUGCAUCCAUAAAUUCUAAACAAAUAGAUUCCAUGUAGCAGUGCGUCCGUUCAGUAUUAGAUCACAAAGGACGUCAAGAUGUGGUAUGAACAAAACAUGGCACACAGGGCGCAGCCAAGUGUGUCAAUGAUUUGCCAAACGCAUUUUGACCUUAUCUGUGAUCUAUCACUGAACGGACCCAAGGCAAUAUAGAAUUUAUUGUUAUAUAUGAUAAAAAGCACCAUAUCUUAACGAGGCAACAUAGAAUUUAUUUGUUAUAUAUAUGAUAUACAGCACCAUAUCGUCGAUGGUGACGUCAUCUACGUGUUUGUUCCCUAACAGAUCAAAAGUAUGAACCAGUGAAAACGUUUGUGUUAGUCAUGUGAACCACGAUACAUGCACGCGUUUAUGCCUUCCAUUUAAAUCUAAAAUCGCUUCUUCCUUUUCCUAGGUACUGUGGGAUUUUUCGCCUGUUUCUUCUUUGUGAGAAAAAUCUACAGCAUCGUCGAGGUAGACGACAAGGUAGAAACCCAAUGGAAACUUUGCUAUUUAUGUAUCGACGAAAGUAUAUUGGAAAUUUUUUAACUUAAGCCAGCCACAAAAAGAAACUAAUGGCGAAGGUUGGGCUGGAAAAAGUCACUUUUACGAUCUUGGUGGUUCCGUUUAGUUGUAAUUCAGUAGUCGUGGUAUCAACUUAAGUUGAAAUUGUUACCUUCUUGUUCUUUUGUGUAGAAAAAAGUAACGAGCUCACAACACGAACCAAAUAUGUAAAUAACAAUGUAUCACAUUGAAUAAUUUCUUGGGGUUAUUUGUCUGCCUGGCAAUAUGACAUAUUAGCGGAGCUCGCAGCACGCGCGCAGCGGAGCCACAGUACUAAGUAAAAAUGGUAGCAACCCAUCAAGUUAAAUUUCAGCUGGUAAUUGUAAUAAUUUUGGUCGCUCAUUCGUGAAGAGUACUCAAGGAAAGAUAACUCAUCGUUCAGACUAUUUUAACUCGUUUACAACCUCCGUGAGACACGGACACGAGACGAAGUUGUUGGAGCUGUAGUUAUCAGAGCUGUAGUUAUCAGUUUGCUUGAACCACACUUGCCAAGAACUUUGCUGAGAGAAAAUUUCUUAUCCAUGACAUCCAUGGCUGUCCAUGUUCUCAUAUUCAUUUCUUAAUCCGCAGUUCACAUAUUUGAUUUUUGCAUAUUCAUAGUCAUGUAUUACUAGUACUUCUCACCCUCAUUAGAAGUGAACCUGCCAGAAUUUCAUUUCCCUGACAGUUCACCAGCACUCAUUCAUACUCCUAGAUAGAAAAGUGCUGUGGGAGUAAAGUUUCUUGCCCAAGAACGCAGCGUGGAGAGCCUAGCACUCGAUCAUACCUGUAUCACUCUAGGACCAAUCAAUUGGUAUUUUAAUCAAUGAUUGGUGAUUUACCUUCUCCUUCUUCAUUCUCAGGGUCUGAAUGGAGAACUGGAUGGAGAACUGGAUGGAGAACCUGACACUCAGAUAAAGCCUUGAACAUGACAUCCACUUGUUAAAUGGAAAAAUAAAUUGGCGUAUGUUAUGAGUAAUUCACCUUUUGGGGUUUAGAUUUUACGUGAUUUCACGUAGUGUCACGUGACUUUUGAUGUAAACAAACCUCGAAAGUUCGGACAUGGAGCCGAGCUCGCAGCACAUGAGUUCAAACUUCGGCAGAAGAAAGUGAGGAAGCCUUGAUUCCCAAAAAUAAAACCGAUUUCACCUCUAUGAAUGUGUAUGAUUGCAGUUGUUUAGUAAGUGUAUACCUAAACAUAAUGGUUACGACAAAGAGAUGUGCUUAUGGCACCUGCAAAAACGCACUUAUUUAAGUGGGCUUAAAUAAGUUUAUUUACGAUAAGUAUUGUACAGCAUUUAGGAGUCGCUCCUAAUUAAGAACAUUACCCGCUGUUUAAUAAAAUAGUUGAGUUCGUGGGAUUUAGUGUUUUUCUGUCGGUUAGAUUAUACCGUAACACGUAAACAAUAGAGAGUCAGACAGAUUUUGUUAUUGUCUGCCUUUAGUUAACAACCUGGUGUAAUGAUUUUGCAUGUAACAUCUAUUGAACAUCCUCAACUUCA